CAAUGAGCGAGCGAUCAACAAGGAGAUGAAAGAUCACAUCAUUAGGAGGCCAUCUGAAUGACUUACACCAACCUGAGGAGAAUAGCAGAUCUUCAGAUGAGUGAGAGCAGUGAUGGAGGACUAUCAGAAAGAUUCUACCAGACGAGCCCGGAGACACAGUCAUGGUGUCCUGCAGGAACUGUUUAGCAAAGGCUUCAGGACUGGAGGAAAGGAUGUCAUUACUCGUCCCCAGGUUAGAAGGGGUGAGAGGAACGGAACACCUGUAUAUUUCCACCCUCUGGCCCUGGACAGUGUCAUCACCCGCCGAGGCAGCCUGGUUCUGCUGAAUGGACCCAACACUCUAGAGAUCUACAAGCCCGGCAAGACGAGCCAAGCGGUGAACGGAGCACGGAUGACUGAUGUUUACCUGCCCGCGAUCACAGGGAAGAUGUCAAACCUGCAGGCGGCCCGGGCCAAUCUGAGUCAUUCCUGUCCCUAUCUGUACAGCAGCAGACGCCGCGGGUCCGCCUCCUCUGUCAUCUCACAAAGAGGCUCAGACUUCAACGGCAAACAGAGUUACCUUAAAGAACAGAAAGACUCGAGGAGGUCUAAUGUGGCAGUGACAAUGAUGUACCUUGGCCAGGGAAAGCCUGGAGCCACCCAGGAUGAGAUGAAGGUGCUCCAGCAGAUCUGUGGAGGGGAGAACAUCUGCGUCUUUAAAGGAUCUGUCUUGCCUGGAGAGCAGUUCCAGUUCACCUCCCAGAGACACCUUGGCUACCCUUUCAGUGCCACCUUCUACGUCAAUGGCAUAAUGGCAGGCAGAAUCAGUUCGUGCUGUGAAUACCGCUACUCCCCCGGCUUCCAGCAAGGCCGCAAGAGCUGCUUCAGGCUGACGCGACUGAGUGGGGGGAAACCGUGCUACAAAUGUGUGAAUUCAAGGCAUGGUAUUGGCCAAGAAGUGAAAGCUCACAACAAUCACCAAGCCAUCAAAUCUCAUGAAGGAGUGAUGGAGUCUUGCCCUUCAUCCCCUUUAUUCAUCCCUCUUGGAAUGGAGAGGUCUGUACGGAGGACAAGAAAGCUUCCUAAAGAGGGCAGCGGCGUUACUACAGAUAGCGAAGACAUGAACAACAGCGUGAAAGACAGGAAACGACACAAGCGGCACAAAGGACGUCGCAGCCAGCAGGGAGACGCCAAGGCCUCUGAGGAAUCCCAGAAUAAAAAAGGAGACACGAAAGAAGGAGAGAGCAAACCAGCAGCUGUAAAUCAACCCAGACCUCCUGUGAAAAAUUCAAGCAACGCCAAAGAACACAGCAGAGACAAUCCAGGACCUGACAGCGGAGUCAAAGCGCCAGAUUCAUUGCAGGAUGGCGAAGCCCUGAGUAAGCAAAAUGGAAAGAAAAGGCCAGCUGCUCUGCAAGCGAAUGGCAAAAGCAGAAACGAGGAAAGACUGAGAGACUUCUAUGAAGAAUGUGUUGAAAUGAGCACUGGUCUGGAAUCAGGCCUAGACCAACAGAAGUGGUUCAAAGCAAACAAGUACGAGAGGAAUAAGAUUAAAGAGCAGAUCACCUUGGGUCCCCAUCCUAAUGGCUCUUCUUCUGAGGUGGAACUCAGUGAAGAAAGUGACAGCAGCGUCCUCCAUUCAAAGGCAGGGAAGCUCAGGAUGAACACAAAGCAGCCGGAGACACCUCUCCAAGACGCUCCAGAGAACGAUGCAUCUGAUAAAGAACAAGAACUGCAAAAAAAGCUGGAUGCUAUGAUGGAGGUGCUGAGCUCAUCAGAUGAGGUGGAGCAGCUGGUUCUAAGGAAUACAGGGCUGACCGAUGACCUGCUGAAGGGUUUAGCCACAGCACUGAAGAGCAGCUUAUCUGAAGUCACCAUGAUCAACCUCAAUCUCAACCACAUCGGACCUCCUGGAGUUCAUGUUCUGCUUGACCUUCUGCAGGCCAAACUGGAGCUCAGGGGAUUACUAUUAUUUGGAAACCAGCUAGGUGAUCCUGGAGUUAAGACCCUGCUCAGUGGAGUGGCUGAUCUUCAAGAGAAAACAGCAGCUUCACCAAGAAUGCCAGCAUAUCCAGGACAGUUUUACUUUCCUGCACCGAGCUUCACCCUCAUAGAGCUGGACCUGGGGGGCAACGGAAUGGGAAGUGAAGGACUAAGAGUGCUGGGCACUUACAUGAGGUAUCACUCACAGCUGCAAUAUUUAGGCCUGGCCCAAACACCUUGCUCUGACAUGGAGGCCUGGAAUGUCUUGUUUGAAAGCCUGAAGGUGAACGUUAAACUAACCCACAUCAUUCUAGAUGAGAACCAUCUGGGAGACCAAGGAGUCAAGCUAUUCGCAGAGGCUCUGAAAGUGAAUGAAGGCUUACGGAAAGUGGACUUGGACAGUAAUGGUUUUGGUGAGGUUGGAGGAAACGCUAUCCUUGAGGCACUUCUCGGCAGGAAGCAGUGUUCUCUUGAGCACUUAAGCUUGCAAGAGAAUUACAUCAGUACAGCACUGAUGAGCAAGAUACAGCAGGUGGUCCUCCCUUUGUAA